AUGGAGUGCCUCAGUGGCUGUUUCAGCUGCGCCGGCCUCUUCGCAGCGCCAAAGUGGGUGAAGGCUCAGGAAGGCAAUUCCUGUUGCAGCCCGAAACUGCAUCCGAUUCCGACAGCGCGUGUUGCCUGUGCACAUGAACUUGGGGCUGGCUGCAGCGUUCCCGCACCCAGGGGGAUCCCGUCAUCCUUUGAUUCAGAGGCCGAUUGCUGUUCAUCGCCCAGCCCAUCGAAAUCCACUGGAGCAGGGUGGACGGUUUCGAGGACCAUUGUCGAGAGAGCCGUUGACACAUGCGACUCAUGCGACGGAGUGACUGGGGCGCUCCCAAUCUCGCAUUGCAGGCUGGACGGAGAGAUACAGGACGAACAUGAAGUGCCAGCAUUUUGCGAGCCUUCCAUGACCUGCUCUUUCUUGGCUUGCCAGGCUGGAAAUGCUUCUCAGCACAACGUAGUGGUGGAUCAACACAGCCCCAGCACUUUGGCCGAGGAACAUGCCAAGCAAGAUGAGCAGAUGCGUGGUGGCAGUGCAAGGGAUCAGGUCGUCUUCUUGCUCCCACAACUUCCGCCAGCACAGUUCCUUGGUAUGCCUGACCUCGCUGAACUACGGACUACAAGCUGUCACUUCCGGCAUAUGCCUAACGUAAAGAUUUGCACACUCGAAGAUCUUUUGCAAAAGCUGGAAGAUGGUGGACGGGCGGACAUCCUCAAGGCUUGCCAUUUCAUAUCAUCAAGAUGCCAACUGCUGCAAGGCAUUGACAGAAGGUUCCACGAUAAAUUUUGCCAAGUGGUGAGAGGGUUGCUUUACUACAAAACACACUGGGAGAGAUACCGCACAACCAGCCAAGACAAGGAGACUGUUAAUUUGGCUUACCUCACGCUGAUGAACAGCAGACGUGACAGACAUGUCACUUACUGGACAGUACUUGAGGGAUCCUAA